AGGAAUUUCGGUGAAAACGAAAGCCGACCUGUCUCUUCACUGCACGCGCUUCACUCCGAUCGAUCGACCUGGGAACACAUGACAGCUGAGCCCCUCAGCAGGACACCCUGGAAGAGACGGAGAAACCCCGGGAGGAUGUCCAGGCCCGCGGACUGGAGCUGAAGAUCGUCACGGCAAGAUGUGAGACGAGCCGGGGGGAAGCAGAGACCGAGGCCAACGGCAGGAUGCUGGUCCGGAGCUCGGGCCUCCUGUCGUUCCUGUCGGCUCCUCUGAUUGGUGCUCUGUCAGACACCUGGGGCAGGAAGUCCUUCCUCCUCAUCACGGUCUUCUUCACCUGCGCCCCCAUCCCCUUCAUGAGGAUCAGCCCCUGGUGGUAUUUCGCUCUGAUCUCCGUCUCAGGGAUUUUCUCUGUGACCUUUUCUGUCAUUUUCGCCUACGUUGCUGACAUCACAGAGGAGCAUGAGAGAAGCACUGCAUAUGGACUGUCGCUGCGUCGUGUUGGUAAAGACUCCACGGUGCUGCUGAUCUGUGUCACUGUCUUCCUGUCCUACCUGCCUGAAGCUGGACAGUACUCCAGCUUCUUCCUCUACCUGAAGCAGAUGAUCCAGUUUUCUUCUGGAGCCAUCGCUGGCUUCAUCGCCAUGGUGGGAAUCCUGUCCAUCAUCGCUCAGACUCUCCUCCUCAGUGUUUUAAUGAGGACCAUCGGUAAGAAGAACACGGUUCUGCUGGGCCUGGGCUUCCAGAUCCUCCAGCUGCUGUGGUACGCCUUCGGCUCCGAGCCGUGGAUGAUGUGGGCUGCAGGGACUCUUGCGGCCAUGUCCUCCAUCACUUUCCCAGCAGUCUCUGCUCUGGUGUCUCACAACGCUGCAGCUGACCAGCAAGAAACCCGUCAUCCCGGGUCCUCCCUUCCUGUUCGGUGCGUGCGCCGUCCUCCUGGCCGUGUCCGUGGCCGUCUUCAUCCCGGAGCACCGUCGACCGGCCGACACCAAGACCUGCUUCUCCCCCGGCGGCGCCGGCGCCUCCAACGCCCUGGCUCAGAACCCUCUGACCACGCCCACCAGCGACCCGGAGGACAUCGAGCCGCUCCUGCAGGACACCAGCAUGUGACGACCCUCAGCCAAUCAGAGCGCAGCGUUCUGUUAGGACUUCCUGCUCCGGUUUUCAGCAACUUCCUGAGGUGUGUGGAGCAGGUGAAACCAAAGGGCUUUGGACUCUCUGAGGUGUCGAACACAAAAACUGCUGAGUCGUGACUGAAGUUUGGGAUUAUUUAUUUAACAAGACGUUUCACCUGCUGCCUGUUGUCACUAAAGAACUCUGACCUUUAACCCCCAGCACCGUUACAGGUCCGGUCCCAGCAGAACCCUGCAGAACCACUGGCUCAGAGGGAUUUGGCUGCCAUCUUGCUAGGUGCCACGUGUCACGCUGAGACCAAACAAAACCUGAAAAGUUAAAAUUAUUUCUGACUUAAUGUGACCCAAAAUGUUGUUUUAUUAAAGUUCUGGUUCUGAUGGUUAAAACCAGGUUCUGUUAGGAAUAAAGAACACUCACGCUGUUUACAUGUAGCUCCUCACAAGAUGGCGGCACUGAUUCACCCCGGGUCACUCCAUCCAGAACCUCUCCUGUUCAGUGGGUCAAACAGAACCGGACCAAGCCGCUCGGGGUUCUGGGACAGAUUUCACGUCGGCCAUGUUUGUUUUUCUGUUUGAUUGACAGCAGAAUGUUUUCAGCCAUUGGUGCUUUUUAUGUUUAUUUUAUCUGACGUGAUGACAUCAUCUGUUAGUUUUUAUGUUUAUUUUAUCUGACGUGAUGACAUCAUCUGUUAGUUUUUACAGCUCUGAGGCUCCAACAUUCCUGCUGCAGAGAUUUAUUUACCUCUGUGUUCCAAAGCCUCUCAGCCUGUUUGUUUGUUUAUUGUUUGUCUGUUUGUUUUUUGUUUGUUUUUUUGUUUGUUUGCUUGCCUGUUUGUAUGUUUGUUUGUGAAAGCAGUCGGUGCUGUUUUUUUUAUUUAUUUUUUAUUAUUUCUGUUACUUCCACAUCAGUUUACUGCGUCAGACCAAAUCAUCCCUGCAGAAGCUUCGGAGUCGGUCCCUGUUGCCACGGUUACAGCUGGAGGAUGCUGUCACCGUGGUAACGGCUCUCCUCCGCAGAUCAAAAGGGCGAACAGUUCGGUUCGGGUCCCAUAAGAACCGAGCAGAACCUUUUUAAUCAGACGAUGUCGGGUCGUAUUUAAGGCGACUGAGGAAGUUGAUGGUGCAGCUUCAUCUUGGGUCUGUUCCCUCCUCAGAACCAGAACCUGCUCUGGUUCUGGUUUUAAUCCUGAUGGUUUUAUUUUCAGAUUGGACCGUUUUCAUCAUAUCUGACAGAGAAUUUGUUACUGCUGUUUAAGAAGCUGCAGACGGUCUCAUUUCAGAGACUCGAGUCAGAAAAGGUCCAGACUUGUUUAGUGUGAUGAGCAGCAGCAGCAGGUUGGACUGAAGGAGCUUUAGUUUAGCUGCUGGUUUCCAUGACGACAAGCACUUUAUUUCCUCUCGACGUGCCUCUUUUCAUCUGUUUUUACUGAUGCAGAACGACGUCAGUUUGACUCCGUUUGAGCUGAAAAACAGAUUUUUGAAUAUUAUCUGAGAUAACAAUAAACUCAAAUAUAUGAAUUUUAAA